GUCUGCAGCCAUCAAUCCAGACCAGCUUUUCCCCACUACUUGGAGAAGGUGUAGGAACCUGUCCCAGCAUGCAUUGCACUUGCAGCAAUUUUGGGGAAAGUUUUUAGGAACUGAGCUUUAAGGAGCCCAUGCUGUUUUGAUCAUGAGAGCCACUGGUCCUUCAGUUGUCAUAAUCCAGCAUUUAAAAUCCUUGGGAAUUAAAUUGCGGAUGCCAAAGAAGAUGGUCAGCCCCGAUGUCCAGAGAAAAUCAUCCAGUGGAGGUCUCUUUGGAGUUCCCCUUCAGUCACUUCCACCCAGCACAGAGGGGGAGGUCCCUCAGCUCGUGGUUGACAUCUGCCAGUUUUUGAGCUGCCAUCUCUCCACCGAAGGUCUCUUCCGGAAGUCUGGUUCAGUAAAUAGGAUCAAACAUCUCAAGGCACAGCUAGAAUCUGGGGAGAACGCUCUGUCUUCUGCCCAUCCCAGUGAUGUAGCUGCUCUGCUGAAACAGUUUUUCCGGGAGCUUCCACAUCCGCUUCUCACCCCAGAGCUACAAGACCCCCUGUGCCAGAUUCAGCAAGCCCUGUGUGAAGAGGAGAGGGGCGCCGCCACAACCAUGGUGACUUGUCUGCUGCCGCCUGUCCAUGGGGAGACCUUGAGGUACUUCUGUACCUUCCUCCAAAAUGUAGCCUCCAGGUGUGAUGAGAACAGGAUGGACUCUGGGAACCUGGCUGUAGUUUUAGCUCCCAGUCUGUUCUCUAGCAGCAACUUGGGAGAAAAGCUGACACUUGCCACUGAGAAACAGCUGCAACUUCAGGCGUCUGCCAUUCAAAGUCUCAUCGAACGAUCCCAGGAUAUAGGGCAGGUUCCUUCCUUUAUUUUGGAGAAAACCUCUCUUCCCUGUGAUGUGGGUGAGGAGGACUCGGUCAGCCAGUACCUCGAAGGUCUUCGCAGGAGACGCAGGCGCAGUAUGAGCGGAAUAGUUAAUGACGCUUUAAACAAACUGAAGUCUGGCCUAGGUCCCUCAAGCUUUAGUACAGAUCGAGCAUUGGAUGAAAUAGAAUUGCCACAAAGGAGCAAAACCAAGCGUAAAGCAUCCGAGGAUUCUGGUUGUGGAGAACUUUGUACACCCAAGAAACGCAAAUCAAUAAUUGCCGAAGAAUAUCUGAACGAUGAAGAACCAAGCACAUCCCAGUCUCCAUUGCCAGACGACGCAGGAGGUGAAGAGGUGUUUUCUGACUUCUUGGUGAGUCCUUGCAACUUUUUGGACCUUAAUUCAGAAUCCCCUGCUGUUCCACCAAAUCCCGAUUCAUCCUCUCGUGGACAAAAAGGCAGAAAUAAGCGAAGAAACAGCAAACGCAUAAAAAGGCAGUCAGGCCAGCUCUCGAUUUCUCCUGCUCAAUUGGACAGAAAGGAGAAGGGUCGCAAUUCACUGAGACUCUUUUAUCGGGCACGAACAACCAAACGGCCACAGCCGACUUCAGAAUGUAAAACCCUGGAGCAGAGUGGGUGGAAUUUGAUGAAGAAGAUGGUUGCAGAUGCUCUGGAUGGACCUUUCUUCAAUGGGAGAGAUUUUCGAGUGGGUCUGAAAACUUCAAGCAGUGUUGAUAUCCCAGGUAACAAGGGUUCCUCUCUUGAACGUCCAACGUCUCCUCCUUCACUGAGGUCCUCUCCUUCCUUAAAGUCGCUGGCCCUUGUAAAUGAGUUGGACGCAGCAAGUUCAGAGAAAAAACGCCGGACAUUACGUCGUUCACUAAGCAUGCCAGAGAAGGUGGGUGAAUGUGUUCAAGCUGAUGGAGAUCAAGAAGCAUUCCUUGAGACCAGUUUGACCAUAAACAAGGAAAACCGAAGCCAAGAUGAUGGGCUGAAUUUCUCUACAGGAAAUGUAUAUAUGCAGGUAUUUGACAGCGACACUUUGAAAGACUGUUCAAACACAGGUGAUCUUCAGGAUGUCAACAGUCAGUGCGCUCUGGAUGAACUGGGCUCUUCUCAGUUCGUUUCGACCUUCAGAAGGUCUAAUGGUCACAUGUCCCAAUACCGCAGUGUAAGGAAAUUGGUCCUUAGCUUUCCUUGGACAUCUAGUAUUCCUGAUUUGGAUCCUCAGCAAAAAGACUGGGAAAAUCUGGCCACCCACACCAUCAGGCGUAAAGGGGCAAGACGAUUUGGGCGCUCAUUGAGUCAGGACUGUGGUCUGAGGACAAAUGGAGACCAGAUUGGAUUUAAAAGAUCAGACGAUGUUGGCAGUGGCAACUCAAAACUUUUAAAUGCACGGAACCGACAAGUAUUUGUUAGUCGUAAAAAUAUUACUCUGACCAACUGGGGCCAGCGUAGCCUGGAAGCGAGACGCCAAGUGUCCCUUGAGGAUAACCCAAUCGAUACUGAGAGGCAGCUAUCGGACGCACUUUUGAAUCUAGAUAAUGAGGCUUUCAUUUUCAAGGACAUGGUUGAGGAGGAAAGACAAUAUUUCAGUUCUCCAAAAUGUUCACUAAUUGGUUCUAGACUGGAACCUAUAAGUGACACAGUGGAUCUACCAGGUCAAUAAAAAUAGGGGUUGGUAUACUCUGAGGUCACUGGUUAGAUAUCUUGCCAUGGAUUCCCCGGUAUGACCGAGUACAUCACUGCACUGCUAUCAUUAUAGGUGCAAUGGUAGCUUGACCUUCUUGACAAAUGAAAGGUGUACUAUCCUUGUAGCCAGGCUGGGCACUGCAAAUAUUUUUGAAACCGUUUUACAGCUUUUAACUUGUCACAUAGUAAGUUAGAGUUAAUAAUUAAUCUUUUCAGUGGUAUUUCUUGGAUUUAUAUUUAUUGUGAUUUUAAAAUCUAGUAAUCAAUAUAGAUGUUAAUGUGUUGUAAAAUCAGUUUGUUUAGCGCAGCCAAAGAGUUGCUACACAGACGUUCCUUUAAAGCUGAACUCCUGCAAUUAUGUUUGUGUACUUACGUUGGCCCAACUUGAAGCAAUGAUUCAUAUCUCAUACCUGAGUCUACCGGGGAAGUUGUUCCUGGUGCUACUACAGUGAUUGCUGGAAUCCUCCGGUCCUGUGUCACCGUCCACAGAUUGUCUUGUAUGUUUUACAUUGAAUACAAGGCAUUUGCUGAUUUGACAAGGUGGAGAGGAGGGGCGAUGCCAUCACAAUCUCUACUUUGUCCAAUCUGUCAAUUGGGGCAGUUACAAGCGAGCUGCUCUCUAUGGCCAGGAAUAAGAAGAAAGAUACAAGGAUGUUGGUUUAUUGGUGAAUGUCUAAAGACGCAAAAUAUAAAAAUCGCAGCACAAAGGAGACCAGAUGUUGACGCGUUUCACGCUUAGACAGCGCUUGCUCAUAAUUUGUAACACUCCCUGGACGUGAAAUAUGGGCAUUGUACGCAGACACCUCGAGCAGGGUUUACUCCUGUUGCACCACCCCUUGUGGCCAGUAUGCAGAGGGGGAGCUGCUCGGCAAAGGACCUUGAAGAUCAUGGCUAUCCCUGUA